UAUUGUUAAAUAAUUUGAUAAAAAAAAAAAAAAAUAAAAUGCUCAAUUAAUGAAAUCAGUGUUGAUUAUUUUAAAAUAAAUAAUUAAAUGUUUACAACUUCAGGUGAUAGAAAAGUCAAAGCGACUGUGGGUUUAAUUAAAAUUUUUGAAAAUGAAAAAAAUUUAUUUAAAAAUUUGUAACUGCGAUGAGGCAGGUGAUUAUAGAGGGUACGAUUAUUGAUCGUACUUGGAGUAAAAAAGGGACAUGCGCUCUUGAUUGUCAACUAAAUAAAUUCUACCGUCAACAGUCAUGUUUUAUUUUGACUUUUGUAUUUUUAUCAAAUUAAUUGUAAUACUAAAUUUUGUUAACAGCGAAAAUUCGUUAGCGCAAAUAACUAAAUUGUCGGAGGAUGACGUGCAAAUUUGUGUUGACAGUUUUGCUGUACACGCGGAUAAAAUAAUACGGACUCAAGACUCUCUAGCACUUGGUGCUAAAUAUAUUAUGGAAGCCGAAAUGGAUAAUCGACAAGAUUGUUUGAAACUUUGUUGUAAAACUAAUGAGUGCGAUGUUUUUGUCUUUGAAGAAAAGAAACAAGGAAGCUGUUAUUUAUUCCACUGUGGGCCACCUCACGAUUUCAAAUGUAAAUUUACAAGCCACGUAAAUUACAGCAGCGCAGUGUUAACUAAUUUAAAUAUACGAUCGCACACUCAUUCAGAAGACCAAAUGCGUCAUAGCCAACAAGAGCAUGAGUUAAAAUCCCUAAGAAAAAUGGUCGAGAGACCAUUAGAAUAUUCGUACACGCCGUCAUCGAACGUCCUCGUACAAGCGGCUACAGAAAUUCCAAUGGUGAUAAAAUCCAUUCCAACAACUUUGCCACCAAUUAAAAUCGGGUGUAGCCGAAACCAGUAUGAGUGCCGGAGUUCCCAUGAUUGUAUAGCGAUUUACAACGUUUGUGACGGUAUCCCCCAGUGUUCGGACGCCUCUGACGAGGCCAGUGACCUGGGAUGUCCAACGGAAAAACCCACAUCACCACCAGUAGUUGCCGGACCACCUAGACCACCUCCACCACCACCACCAGAGCCACCUGGUCCAGCCCACGACCUUGCCAAGUAUCCCCUUCACCAUAAAUACCCCCCGCUAUACGGCAAUCCAGAGCUAAGCAAAACCUGGCAUCAGAUGUACCCGCAACAGAGUGUCCAGUAUCCUGUACCUCAAGUUCCAAAUUAUGGACCGGGUUACAUGAAUGCUUGGGACUAUCGGCAAAUGUACGACCAGCAAUUUAACAAAGAUGGCUUUCCUUUGAACCCGAUAACUGGCAAUAAAGAUAACGCUUUAAUGCCCCACUAUCCUGAACGUCAGCAUAUUUUUAACCAUAAAAGACCGGGGAUGCCUGAUAAUCCUGAUGAAACUCCUUACCUUGAUCCGGAACGAUACGAUCCUUAUUAUCCACGACCAGUUCACGAAACCUGGCAGCAACCGGGUCCAGUUCCUGAUCUUCAUAAGCUUCAGGUGACAAUCGCGCCAGCAGUACCAGCAGUUCCAGAAAAAGAAACUUCUGCUGGUGGAAAAAAUUCUGGCCAGUCUAAAAAUGAUAAGGUUUUAGCUGAGGGCAUUUCGACCAAAGAAAGUGUGAGCAUUAAAAAAGAAUUGGAGACACAGAAAAAUGUUCAUAUUAAAGAAAUUAAAAAUUCUGUUGAUAAAAAUGAUAAUAAUGUAGAUAUGAAUGUCAAAAAAGACAGUGUGGCGGAAAAUAAAAACGCGCAUUUAAAUAAAACAAAUCAGAAGCUGGAGAAACAUGAAGUGAGGGUUCAUCAUUACGCGGAGCAUUUGCAGCAGAACCAUAACAGGGAUGUCGGCAAUGAAAUUUUAAAACCGAGGGGUGCUGUGAUAUCUUUGGCUCUUGGACUGACGGUAACUGCAGUACUGGUCGCUGUGUUAACAUGCAGGCUGAGAGUUUUGAGAAAACGGGGAAAACGCCAUGGACCUUUUGCUCAUGACGCUGAUUAUUUAGUUAAUGGAAUGUAUCUUUAAUAUAAUUAUGUUAAUGUUACAUCAAAUAUGUUUUUUAUUUUCUCACCUUCUCCGUCGUUCAUUGCCGCAUUUUAUUUACUCAGAUCACUAUUUUUUUUAACUAUAAUUUAAUUAAUUACCGAAACCGAAACGCGCUCGCGAGUAAAAAAUUAUGAUGAUACUGAAGUAAGCAGACGUCUAAUAAUUUUUCGAUUAUUUUUCUCAAAAUAAAUUAUGAAAAAAAAUAUUUGAUAAAAAUGACAAUAAAGUUAGCAGGCAUUUAAAAAUUUUGGAUUUUUUUUAACAAAAAAAUAAAUAUUGACAAAAAUAUUUCGAAAAAUUGCACGUAUAGUUUAUGAAAUUUCCG